AUGUUGGCCUUUGCGAUUCUGUGGGCUUUUGCCACGGCUGUGGUGGCUGCGCCCGCCCCCAACAACAACGAAGAGCGCGGUCUAUUCGACACCACGUUCGACUAUGUGGUCGUCGGCGGCGGUACCGGUGGCCUGGCCAUUGCCUCGCGCCUGUCCGAGGACCCCAGUGUCUCGGUCGCGGUCAUCGAGGCCGGCACCUAUUACCAAGUGUCCAACUUUGUCUUCUCGUCAACCCCUGGUGCCGAUGUGCUCUUUGCAGGCUCGGACCCGAGAGACACCAACCCGCUCGUCGACUGGAAUUUUGUGACCACCCCGCAGACGGGUGCUGACAACCGUCGUGUCCACUAUGCGCGUGGCAAGUGUCUUGGUGGAAGCUCGGCGCGCAAUUUUAUGGUCUACCAGCGCCCCGACCCCGGAUCCCUCCAGAUGUGGGCCGACGCCGUUGGGGACCAGAGCUACACGCUCGGCAACUGGAUGCCCUACUUCCGCAAGAGCGUCAAGUUUACGCCGCCGCGCAACGACAUUCGCUUCCCAAACGCGUCGGCGACAUUUGAUGCUGGCGCGUUUGACCCCGCCGGUGGGCCACUGCAGGUCACGUACCCCAACUGGGGUGCGCCGUUCAGCACGUGGAUGAAGCGCGGCAUGAGCUCGAACGGCCUGCCGCAAGCCCUCGACUUCAACACGGGUGCUCUUACCGGACACAACUGGGUCACGACGACGAUUGACCCGUCGACCAUGAAGCGCUCGUCGUCAGAGACCUCCUUCAUGACCGCCGCCAAACGCCGCCCGAACUUCACGGUCUUCCAGCUCACCAUGGCCAAGCGGAUUUUGUUCGACGACAACAAGAAGGCGAUCGGCGUCCAGACUGGCCUCGGCUCGGUUCUGAAGGCCCGCAAGGAGGUUAUCCUCUCAGCCGGCGCGUUCCAGUCCCCGCAGCUGCUCAUGGUCUCUGGUGUCGGACCCGCCGCACAGCUGCAGCGCCUCGGUAUCCAGGUCAUUGCCGACCGCCCAGGCGUUGGUCAAAAUCUCACGGACCACGUCUACGUCACGCCUUCGUACCGCGUCAAUGUCGAGACAUACACAAAGUUGGCCAACAACCUGCUGUACAUUGUGUGGGAGUACCUUACCAACUUUGUUCCCUUCAAGAGGGGCGUCCUCACCGACCCCCUCGCCACGUACCUCGGCUGGGAGCGUGUUCCGGCCAACCUGGUGCCGUCUGCCCAAGUCCAGUCCGACCUCAACAAGUUUCCGUCCUCCUGGCCGCACCUCGAGUAUAUGUCCGCGCCGGGCUUUAUUGGCGACUUUUCCAACCUCCUCACCAACCAGCCCAAGGAUGGCUACCAAUAUGCCUCCAUCCUGGCUGCGGUUGUGGCACCCCUGUCGCGCGGCACCGUGUCCAUCUCGUCGACCGACACCAACGUUGCCCCCCUCAUCGACCCCGCGUGGCUCACGCACCCGACCGACCAGGCCGUUGCCAUUGCAGGCUACAAGCGCGUGCGCCAGGCGUUCAACUCGGACGGUAUGGCCGGCCUCCUUGCCGACAAGAACGAGUAUUUCCCCGGAUCGGCUGUUGCCACUGACGACCAAAUCCUCGCCACAAUCCGCAAGACGGUAAUGACAGUGUGGCACGCGUCGUGCACGUGCCGCAUGGGCCGGACCGACGAUCCCACCGCCGUGGUCGACAACCACGCGCGCGUCAUUGGCGUCAGCGGCCUCCGCGUCGUUGACGCCAGUGCCUUUGCGCUCCUGCCGCCGGGCCACCCGCAGUCGGUCGUGUAUGCGCUCGCUGAGAAGAUUGCCGCAGACAUCAAGUCGGGCCAUUGA